AUGCCGCAUCCCCAGCAAGUCCGUGACAUCAAGAAGUUCCUCGAGAUCGCCCGUAGAAAGGACGCGACCCUCGCCCGGAUCAAGAAGACUGCCAUCAAGCCUUCUGCCACUGUCGCCCAGUCCAAGGCUAAGGCCGCCAAGGCCCCCACCCACGUCACCAAGUUCAAGAUCCGAUGCUCCAAGUACCUCUACACCCUUGUUCUUGACGACGCUGAGAAGGCCGAGAAGCUCAGGCAGUCUUUGCCUCCUGGACUCAAGGUUGAGGACCUUAGCGUCAAGGCUGCCAAGAAGUAA